AUGGACCUGGUUCGCCUUGCCACGCUGGGCAUCGUAGGUGCUGCUGGCCUGGAGGGUGAGCUUCUUUAUCCUCCAGGCAGCCAGGAGACGCUCGUGCGUCUGCAGGACCUGGCUGAAGAGGGCCUCGAUGCUGCGGGCAGCGUGCUGCGACAUCGGGGUGUCGCGGUGCUCAGGCCGGGCCUUGCCGCUGACGACGUAGUGGGCAAGGACUUCCUGAGGCGCGAACUGCAGCGCGAUGAUGUGACGAGCGCCAUGUCACGGCUGCUCCGGCCGGACUCGCGGCUUUUCACGCGGCUUGGGUUUGGAUCGGCUUGGUGCGGCGAAUUCCGGACAAGGCGUUCAUCUCCACGCGAGCAGGGUCAGGAGCCACCCCCGUGGGCUUCGCUGCCUACGCCGGGCAGCGUCUCCAUGCUUUGGUUGCGGCUGUUGCGAUAUGUGCCCUGGCUGGGGCGCGUGCUGAAGGUUGUGCUGAGUGCCAGGGUGCCCGUGCAGCCUGUGGCAGUUCGGACAGAUCAGGAGGCAGCUGGAGGCGACUGGUCGACUUGGUGGUGGCACAGCCUCGUGGGCGAGGGCGAUGUCAUUGUCUUGGACCACCUGCGCACGUUGGACAGUCCAGUUACUCUGCCCGGCGAGAGCUCGCUCCACUUAGCUGGCAAGGCAGCUCGCUCGCUUCGCGAGGCUUUGCGACAAGGUUCACCAGAAGGCGCCUUCGAGGUGUGUGAAUCCUUGGCUGACGACAUUCUGGACCCGGUCCCCUAUCCAGCGGUGGGCCGGCAGUACACUGUUCAAUCCCUGCCUUCCACCUUGAUUCGCCGCGAGGAGAGUGUCGAGAGCGAUGUGAUUGGAGAGCUACGCCCUGGCAGCAUGGUCAGCAUCCUUGCUCGCGGCGCUGAGAGUCCUGGACGGGUGGAGGUCUUCACAGAGCAGGCGAUGCGCAUGCCCGGUUACGUCUCGGACGAAGGUGCGAGUGCCCCGACCUCUGCGGCGGGAUUGAAGGGCUGGAUCUCCAGCGAAGCAUACAAUGGGACGCGGCUCCUCAAGCCCAAGGAGCCUGUCGAGGUGCCUCCUGCAACCAUGCAGCGCCUGGCAGAGCUCUCUGGGGCCCUGCGUGGCAUAUGCUCGUGGGCCAACGUGACACUGGCGUCUGCAACGGGCCCGACGUGGCGCACGGAGCAAAUUUGCAAGCGGCACGUGGGCACGCUGGAGCAGAUGCUUCUCAAGUCCGAGCACCUGUCAAUCGAGGUGAUGUGCGUGUCGCUGGAGCCAUGGGAGACCCACCAACUGGUUGCGCUGGCCAUGACGGGCCUCAUGCUGCUCUUGGGCACGCUCGUUUUGGAGAAGCGGGGCCCCCCUGAUGCUGCUGAUGGUGGCCUGGGUGGCGCUAAAUGCUGCCAGCCGGCCAUACUACGACAUGUAGCUGCUCAAUGUGCUCGCCACAAUGAGGUGCACGCCCACCUGGCUCAGCGAACCGGACGCGGCACCAAGGCUCUUGGACACUUACCUUGUCAUGUCAGCCCGCUCUUCAAGAGGAAGGAGGGGCGCAUGCAGAUGCUGAGUCGGAUCGACGGCUGCACGAUCCCCAUUCAGCUGCUCUGA